GUUCUUUGGGGAGCCUGAUGCCUUUCCUAUGUUCGCCACCAACAACCGAGUGAAGAGAAGACCCUCUCCCUACGAGAUGGAGAUUACUGAUGGUCCCCACACCAAAGUCGUGCGGCGUAUCUUUACCAACAGCCGGGAGCGGUGGCGGCAGCAGAAUGUGAAUGGGGCAUUUGCUGAGCUCCGUAAGCUGAUCCCCACUCACCCCCCAGACAAGAAGCUCAGCAAGAAUGAGAUCCUCCGCCUGGCCAUGAAGUACAUCAACUUCCUGGCCAAGCUGCUGAAUGACCAGGAGGAAGAGGGCACCCAGAGGGCCAAGCCUGGCAAGGACCCUGUGGUGGGGGCUGGCGGGGGUGGAGGUGGGGGAGGGGGUGGCGCACCCCCAGAUGACCUCCUACAGGACGUGCUAUCCCCCAACUCCAGCUGUGGCAGCUCCCUGGAUGGGGCAGCCAGCCCGGACAGCUACACAGAGGAGCCGGCACCCAAGCACACAGCCCGCAGCCUCCAUCCGGCCAUGCUGCCUGCCACUGAUGGAGCUGGCCCGCGGUGAUGGGUCUGGGCCACCCCAUAUCAUGCAGGAGGGUGCCGUUAGGUCCCUGGGAUAGUGGGCUGCAGGGCAGGUGGGAUAAGAAUUGGGCAGCUCUGAAGCAGGGCAAUGGAUUUGGUGAACUUUCCUUGAUGUCUGAACUUUCGGGAAGCCUUUACUGACCUUGGGGCUGGCUUUGUUUCCUGUCUCAGUGGGAGAACAGAAAAAUGGAGCAAAGUGGUAGGUACUUUUUAUGAAGACGGCACGGUCUUCCCCUCCCCCUAAUUCCUAAAACUUCUCAACUAUGAGGCUCAAGAAUCACUGCUUUUGGCCUGAAGUCUGGGAGCCCUGUAUUUGCUGAGACCUGGGGUUGUCAGCUCUCACCUGAGGCAUCCAACAGCCUCUGCCUUGCCUUUGAUCCCCCCCAAGCUGGCUCGGGUGGCUCUUUAGCCACUCCUAUCCAAACACAUAGGUACCCAAUAGCUGUCCAUUUCUUGAGCCCCAUCUUCACCCAGGCCUAUGUUGAUCCAUCCAGCUUGCCAGCUGCUGCAGUCACAAGCCUCGAGGUGCCUUCUUCAGGGCCUGGUUGAAGAAGAUGGCCAGUGGACAGCCUGCUCUCAACUAGCUGGGCCAGAGGGUCAGAAAACCCAGUAGCCCUUACUUCUUGCCCUGGGGACCAAAGCUCUGCUUUCUCCCCAUUGAGACUUGCCUUCCUAAUCUGUGGCUGUGGGGACCAAGUCUGCAUUCUUGAGUGUGCCCGGUUGAGUUUUGUGUGAAGGCAGAGAAAGAAAGAAUGGUAUUAGAGUGACAUUAGUGGGAGCUAUUUUGGGCAUGUGCGUUUCACCUGCUAUCUACAUUACUAUUCAUAGUGGUGGGUGCGUAUUGGUGCUGAUUGUGGGUGUGCAGCCCUGUCUGUGAAUUCUCCUGGCUGCUCACAAGGAUUUCCCUGGUGCAGGACAUCUGUUUGCUAAUGGUCUGGUCUCUGUUCAGAAUUGAGCACAAACUGUCCUGUGAGUUCUUUGCAUUUGGGAUUUUUGCUUGACAGAAGUUAUUGGUAGAAUCUUUAGGUUUCAGUAUGACCCCAGGGUCCAGCCCCACUUCCAGGGCAAAGGAGAUCCAAUCAGAGACCAGGCCUUGGUCAAGACCCAGACAUAGGCACAUUCACUGAGCAGAACCUUAAACACCCCUUGAUUAUGCAGCUUUCAGUUUUCAAGGGUGUGUGUGGGAGUUCGGUUUAAUGCAGUAGGAGUGCCCCCCUCCAAAAGUUGUACAUGAAAGUUUUGUAAAUCAAAUCCUUAUCCUUCGUCUUUUGAAGAAGUAACUACCGCAAGUUCUUUUGUAAAGUGAAGAAUCCUUUUGUAAAGUGAACCAUUGCUCCCUGAUUUAUUUCCUGUUGUCAAUACAGAUGGUGGGAUGGUGGUUUUCUGAAGGCUAGGCUUGUCUGUGACCUACAUUCCAAGCCCAUGGGACAAACUGCACAGAAGUCCUAUGUGUCUGUCAUUGUGCCCUAAGUCAUCCCAGCCCUCUCCCACCAGGCCCUGCCUUUGACGUCAGAGAGAUACCUUACGGCUCUGUCCUCCCAUGUAGCAACUCUUCACAGUGUCUGUCCUGGAAGCCCCUCUCAAAGCUGAGUUUCGGCACAACCCCUCAUGGUGAUGGGGUCUUGAGUUCAGCCAUAUGUAGAUAGAGAAUGAACUCUGCCCCCACUUCCUUUUAAGUUGUCAGGGCCAGUUCUUGGGCACAGGGGCAGGAUGGUUAACCCUGAGGCAUUCUUGACACUCCAUCCCAUCUCCGAUGCCCCAGAUUGUGUUGGUGAAUACCAGGGUGAGUUCCUUCCCAAAGCUUGGAUGAUCCUGUGAGCAUCUAAAGAUGGAGCAGCUGUUCUAGGCUCUAAGGCUGUGUUUGUUUCCCUUUGGAUCAGUUCAGCUUGGGAAUGAAAAGUGGCCACUGUGGAGGGGUGGAUGGCUUUAUAAGGUGGAUCACCUUCUGUUCCUUCAGAAACUCAAGUUUCCAGUUUGCUGUUUCAGAUUUGCUGUAUGACUGGGAUAAGGCAUCUCUCCCAGUGUCAGUGUCACAUAAGUACCCUGGCUUGGCCUGUGUCUCAUGCUGUGGGGUGGACUGCAUGGGCUCAUGAAAGUAGAAUUAUUUUGAGACAUAAAAAGCUCUGUUCACCUCAAUAUCAAUCCUGUAGUGGGUUUUCUUGAUCCCAGUCCAGGACUAAGGCAGUGGGCCAGUCUGCUGCAUUGCACAGCAUUUGGGCAAUUUAGAUUAUAAACUACUUUUGCCUGAAUUAUCUGAAAUGUCCUCAUUUCUCCAGAUUGUCAUCCAGACAGAAAUUAAUUAUCUCAUUCCAAAGCAAAGGGGGACAAGAAUGAGAAUGGAAGAGGUGGGAGCAUGAGCAGAAUGUGUAGAAUGUAAUCAGCUACCCCUAACAGACUUGAAUAGGGAAGGGCAGGACUUCUAAGUCUUUGUAAGAAUUAAAGGAGACCCCAAAUUGUUAUUUUCAUGCUCUACACAUACCCCUCUUCCUUCUCUUUCCUCUGCCUCCUUCCUCAUGAAGAAAUGCAACAUUCCAAGAAUGGUAUCUGUACAAAAGGGAAAAAAUGCAAAGGUGAAAAAAAACAACAUUUAGGAGAAGAACUAAGAUGAAUGUAACAACUGGAAGGAAUCACAUCUUUUAAGAAAAAUUCGUAUUCUUUUUAUCUUUAGUGUUAAAUGACAAGAUGGUACAACCUUUAUUCUUUUCCAAAAUUAAAGCAAAGGGCACAGAAUCUAUAGUCAACUCUUCGGCCUUUUGGGAGUGGGUCUAGCCGUACUUGUGAUGUCAAUGGUACGUGACCCUCUGCCAAGCCUCUGCCGAAGGCUUGCCCCCUGCCCAUGUACAUAGCUCAUUAUUUCUAUGGGCAGGCCCAGCACUUUCCGUCAAUGUUGUACUGUAUGUGACAAGUUUCGUUGGUCUCUGCAUUUUUCUGCAGAAGAGGAGUAACCGCUCAAGGUACCUUGACCUUUGUAUAGCCCAGAGGCCAACACUGUGGGUGUGUGACUCUUUAGCAAAAAAAAAAACAAAAAACAAACAAAAAAACCCCAUGUGGUGGUGAUGUGUGUAUAUAUAUAAGGCUAUAUCGGGAAGAUUUCUAAAUAAAAGUUUU